CCCGGGAGCAGCCGCGCUCCGCCGGUGCCCGACCGCCGCCGCCGAGCCCGGGCCGCCCUUCCCGGGAGCAGCAGCGCUCGCUCUCCGCUGCCGGGGCCGGCGCGGAGCGGAGAUGGUGCCGCUGGUGCGGAGCGCCGGGGGCUCCCACCAGUGGCUGGCGAUCGUUUUCCUCGGCCUUUGCUGGUUCCUUCCUCCCGGGAGAUUCGCUGCGCCGGGCGGAGACUUCCCGGGCUCUGCCGUGGACAAUCUGGUGGUCAGGAAAGGGGACACGGCGGUGCUGAGGUGUUACUUGGAAGAUGGAGCUUCCAAAGGGGCCUGGCUGAACCGCUCGAGCAUCAUCUUCGCGGGCAGUGACAAGUGGUCAGUGGACCCGCGGGUGUCCAUCGCCACGGCCAACAGGAGGGAGUACAGCCUGCAGAUCCAGGACGUGGACGUGACGGACGACGGGCCCUACACCUGCUCUGUGCAGACCCAGCACACCCCCAGGACCAUGCAGGUGCACCUCACUGUGCAAGUCUCUCCAAAGAUAUUCCGGAUCUCCAGUGACAUCACUGUGAACGAGGGGAGCAAUGUCACCCUGGUGUGCCUGGCCAUGGGGAAACCAGAGCCCUCCAUCUCCUGGAGACACAUCUCCCCCUCCGCCAAGCCCUUUGAGAGCGGGCAGUACCUGGACAUCUACGGAAUUACGAGAGACCAGGCUGGGGAAUACGAGUGCAGUGCAGAAAACGAUGUCUCAGUCCCGGAUGUGAAAAAAGUAAAAGUCACAGUAAACUUUGCCCCCACAAUUCAGGAACUUAAAUCCAGCGGUGUGGUGCUUGGAGGGAACGGCCUGAUCCGGUGCGAAGGUGCAGGAGUGCCUGCCCCGGUCUUUGAGUGGUACAAAGGAGAGAGGAAACUGAUCAAUGGUCAACAAGGAAUCACUAUUAAAAAUUAUAGUACAAGAUCCCUUCUUACUGUUACCAAUGUGACAGAAGAGCACUUUGGCAACUAUACUUGUGUCGCUGCCAACAAGCUAGGGACGACCAAUGCCAGCCUGCCUCUCAACCAAAUUAUUGAGCCUACUACCUCUAGUCGUGUCUCAAGCCCAGCUCCCAGCACAGCUCAGUACGGGAUCACCGGGGACGCCGAGGUGCUGUUCUCCUGCUGGUCCCUGGUGUUGACGCUGUCCUCCCUCAGCAGCAUAUUCUACCUGAAGAACAUCAUUCUGCACUAAAUGUAAAGACCCAUAAAAGGCUUUUAAGGAUUCUCUGAAAGUGCUGAUGACUGGAUCCAAUCUGGUAGAGUUUGUUAAAAGCAGCGUGGGAUAUAAUCAGUGCUUACAUGGGGAUGAUCGCCUUCUGUAGAAUUGCUCAUUAUGUAAAUACUUUAAUUCGACUCCUUUUUUUUUGAUUAGCUGCAUUACCUUGUGGAGCAGUACACAUUGUCCUUUUUUAAGACGUGAGAACUCUGAAAUUACUUUUAGAGGAUAUUAAUUGUGAUUUCAUGUUUGUAAUCGACAAGUUUUCAGAAGCAUUCAGUCAUGGUCUGCUGAGUCGCAGACUGUAGUUUACAAAAAAAGGAUAUUGCAGUAAAAAUGUGCUUCUUUAAGGCUGCAAUACAAACAUUCAGUUCCCUUCUCAACUAGCAUCCUAUCCACAUUUACACAGAAACAUUUGUUCUUUUUUGAGUUAAAAAAAAAAAAUCAAAUAAUAUUGCCUUCAAAAUAUUUCUUCAAAAUAUUACACAUAUCUAGAUUUUCUUCUAGCAUGAUAUUCAGGUUUCAAGAAUGAGCCUUGUACUAUAACUGCAUUGCGCAGUACUGCUUUUGUUCUCUUCCCUCUUUCCUGCCAAUUCAGCAUGGUUGUGCCUUCAUGAAACACGACUUUCCUCUUCCUCUCCAACAAAUCUGGAAUGUGUUUUGGGAAAUGCUGAAGCAUCCUUUUGAGCAUAAGGAAUCUCUCGGUGAGGACAAAGGUGCUAGGGGCUCCGAGGAGAAUCUCCCCCCUCCAGGGGGAGGGUUUAGGUCAAGGGUAGCACCAACUCCUUUUUGUUCCUCCCUCCACCACCACUGACAAGUAGGUGACCUCUGUAAAAACGACAUUUCCCAUUCCAAAACAGAACUCAAAUUAUUUUGUGGCAUCUUUUGAAUGUAGGAACGUUUCCCGUAGUCCCCCUAAAGCCAAAUUCCCACCUGGCUGUCAAUGUCAGGAUGGUCCCUUUUGUAUUACUGGCAAAGCCGAUGUGAAUUGGUAUUUGUCUUGCACUUAAUUUUGUACUGGUUUGGCUGAUUUAGCAAUGAUAAAGGAUGCUUUGGACCAUGAGAUACCUGCAAAUCCCUGGGGUAUCAGGCAGAAUUUUGUAUCUACACAUAUCCUUGUGGCAGCGAGGGUGCUCCAGUAACUACUGAGGGCAUGUGGCCAUCCUCAAGAGAGCCACCUCGACAGGCAGGACAGGUGGGGACCUGCUCCCCUGGGCAGGGCUGUCACCUCCCAGCCCUCACAUGCCACCCCCUGCUGCUGCAGCCCUCAAGAGGACACUCCUGUCACACACUGAAGGAUCAAGCUCAGAAACAGUGAAUAAUGGUACUUUAUUCUUUAAACCCCCUGGACAGUGUUGGUGUGAAGUGUUGCUCACAGUUUACACCUGACUGAAAACUGCCACCUGUGUAACUCACUGGGGUGACCGUGGCCAGCAGCCCUGGGACACCAGGUCCCCUGGUGACCCCAAGAGCUCCUGACUUGCUCACAAACAACUAUUGACAGCAGGAAUAACAAAAUCAUUAUCACAGGGUCCCAGACUGGGUUGGGUUGGGAGGGACCUCAAAGCCCAUCCCAUCCCACCCCACCCCUGCCAUGGGCAGGGACCCUUCCACUACCCCAGGCUGUUCCAAGCCCAUCCAGCCUGGCCUGGGGUGGGACAGCACCACUCUUACUGUGAUCAUUCCCAGGUUCCGUGUUUGAGCUCCAGUAGGUGACACAAAUUUCCCGGUUCCCCAUUUUUUCUCCUCACAGCAGGUUUUGGCAGUGAGCAGCACCAGGUGAGCGCUGGGAAUGCUCAGCAGGCCCAAGCUCAGCACAGAGAUCCCAUUUCUCCAGCAAGGAGCACUCUUGGGUUUUCUGGGCUCCAUCUGAACUGUCCCAGGCCAGUGUGCAGCCAGAACCCGCAGUGCCUCUGCUAUCCUUGCUGAGAAGGGGCAGGAACAGAGACAUGUUGGCUCCAAAAGAUGGCAAUAAAACGUCCUGGGUCACUUUGCAUGUGUUCAGUGACAGAUUGUAUUCUUUCUCUUAUUAUUUACAGCCGUGUGCCAAGCAGUUGCUGUUUUCAGAAAUGUGGCAUUUUUUAAAACCUGGAAUAACAUGACCAAACCCAUUCUGCAAGGAAAGGGUACAACCUCAACUCAAAUGAGUUUAUCAGUCCUGAUAUCCCGAUCUCUCUUGUAUUGCAGCUUUAAAGUGCUCUAUUUUAGAAUCCAUUCACUAGAAACAGUGGUGCUGCAGGAAGUCUUGUGUCAGUGCGGUUUUAUGAACGAAAAAAUAAGGAAAUGGAUGACCCAACCCACACGUGUAAAACUGGGAGAGGGUUCUAUACUGUGGCUGGAUCAAAUCCUGCAUUCCAGUGAUAUAUUGCAUUCCAGUGAUUCCUGAUAUUCGGAACCUGAUCUUUCCAGCAACAGAAUAGAAUGAUCAGCAGCUUUAUUAAAUACGAAAAAAGAAUAUACAGUGAAGUGUUGAAUGUUUGCAGUCGCACCAGGGAGAGCCACUGGGUGACACAGAUGUCCAGUCCCACGUUUGAUUUUCACUUUGAGGGGACAUCAUUAUUGUCAAGUCCAAAAAGAAAAAAAACCAAACCCACAAGAACAGCAGAAUUCGGAGCCAUGUCUGGGUGCCAGGGGUGUUUUGGUGAGGCAGGAGUGUGCUGGGAGCUCAGCAGGGCUGGGUGUGUGUGAGGGGCAGCGAGAGGCUGCCGGGGCCAGGGGCUGCUCUGGGCUCUGCAGCCUGGAUUUGGGCAGGACGGGGGCUGCAGGCAGAGAGAGUCACAUGAAGACACCUGGCUCUGGUGAACGUGCUCCGUGCACUGAGCUGGGGUGGGACAGGCCGGGUGGGAUCUGUGCUCCCAAAACGGGCAGCAGAGUGACCACAGCCACGUCCCAGGGACUGUGGGGUGGGAGGGUGUUUGGGGCUGGGAGGGACCGCCUGGUUCCGAUGCUGUCAUUUGUGGGCUGCACUUUGGGCAGCUGUUUGAAGGUUUGCUCUGCGCUUCCUCAGAGUUCAGACCCACCCUGUUCAUGUCUGCCGGGCCAAUCUGACUCUACUGAUUCCCACCUUUCCCACAUGAAAAUAAAAGGCUUAGCUGAGUAUUUCCAUCA